GAAUUGUUUACUUUGGAGGAGCUUCCACUGCAGGCAAAUUUCCAGCUGUAGUCUAGCGCGCAAGUCCAGCGAGGGGUGGCCCCAGUGACAUCUGUAGAGGUACGUGGCCGCCAAGUCAUUGCUCUCACUAACUGGCCGCUGGGGACAACAGACUCCUCUGGGAUAUCUAUUGAGAGUUGGUGUUACAAAAUUUGUACAUAUGGCUCUCAUAACAUUGUGAGUGAUUAAUAAAUUUGCAUGAAUUAUUUUAAGACAUUUAAGAGAUCAGCUGCUCUUUGUACGCUGUCCCAAUAACACAACAGCGCCUCUGUCGGCACUACUUGUGCCUCCGGCAAUACCUCCUCCAAAAGUACAGCCGCAUCGCUCAGCCGCUUGUGCGCGGGGCCACAGGCGAUGGCCUGAAGGCAGCUAAACUGGAAGCUUCGCAUCAUCCACCAAUCUCCAUCUUACAUCAAAACCCAGCAACGCCCAUUGUCUGCCGUCACGAUGUCAUCGCAGGCCGACUUCAAGGACCGGCAGUUCCUUGCCGUAAUCGGCGAUGAGGACUCUGUAACGGGCCUCUUGCUCGCAGGCAUCGGUCAUAUCACGACUGGCGCCGAAGCGCAAAAGAACUUUCUCGUCGUCGACAGCAAGACUGAAACUGCAGCCAUCGAAUCUGCGUUUGAGAGCUUUACAACCCGGAAAGACAUUGGAAUCGUCUUGAUCAACCAGCAUAUUGCCGAUAGAAUACGACACCGAGUCGAUACCUACACCGCUGCCUUUCCUACGGUCCUCGAAAUUCCAAGCAAAGAUCACCCUUACGACCCAGAGAAGGACAGUGUGUUGAGACGAGUGCGUCGUCUGUUUGGAGAGUAAAUAUUUCAGGUUGCAUGCAGAGUUAUUCCAUCUGGGAGAGGAAGAGAUAUUUAUGAAAUGCUGCGGUCUUCUAUGGGUUUCCACGCUACAAGGCGAGUACAUAAUAGCAUAAUUGUCAAGAGUAAAGGUGUAUACUUGGUUUAUUAGAGAUAUUACGAAUGCAUUCUCUAGUAGCAGCAAGAGCGCUACAGCCAUGUGCCUAUGAACCUGAUCGAAUAUCACCCCGAGAGUAAAGCAAACUCGCCCAGAGCAGGGGAAAGACAAAGACAACCUUAAACAAUGCCAUAAAAAAUCACACAACAAUCAAACAAAGGUCCGGAUUAUGCUCAUCAUCGCCAAUUCGUCCCCAAUCAGUCGCUUAACAGCGAGCAGAAAUUACAAUUCCUCUGAAUCUUCGGACGAAGACAGGCCUGGUCGGGGGAAGUUGACGGUAGCCUUGAGGCAGGUGAUUGGCUCGUCGUCAGCAGAGUAAACAUCAGCGAGGACACUGUAGGUUCCCGGAGGGAUGGCGGAAGGCAAAUCAACGCUCUUGGUGAGUGUCAUGUUGCCAGGCUCGAGAGGGCAAGAAAGAUCGACAUUGCCGAGCUGUUCACACAGGUCUGCAGUGGUAGACAGCAGUUGAAUAAGGCCGUACUUGACAACCAAUUUGACGUAGGCGCCUGAUGCGAUAGUCUCCUUGACCUCGCCCGAGGCUGUGAUGAGGAGAGGCUUGCCAGCCUUGGGAGGAUUGGGAGCCAGGUCGACUUUCUUGAUGUCGAUGAGGUUGCCGUCACGGCUGGCGCUGCAGAACUCGAUGGGGUUCUCUCCAGGCACCUUGAGAUUGCUGUCGAAUGCGUAGGCGGAAUCGCCCCAGAUGGCGAGGGCCGUCGCCGGAGCGGCGAGGCAGGCAGACAAACAAGCGACGGCGGUGGAGAAACGCAUCGUAAACAGUGAUGGAUAAGACGGUGGGAUGGAAUGGAGGAGAGCGCAGGAAGAAUGGAAGGAAAAGAUGCGGCUGUUCUAUAAUCAAGCAGAGAGGCGACAGCAGGCUGAGACAAUAUUAGUAGAGGCGUUAGAAGCAGACAGUAAUAAAGGGCA